AUUACUGGAUGUAUUGAACAAACCAUAAACAGAACAAGACAAGGGGGUUAUGUUGCUGUUCUAUACAGUAGGACGAUUCUGGCAGUGACCUUGACAUGUUUUUAAUGUACAAUAAAAAAAUGGUGUUCAAAAAAAUAAGCUGACAUCCCCGACACGCGUAGUAAAUCCCGGCGCAAGGCGAAGUGCAAGCGUAUCGCGGCGUGAGUGCGUGAAACUCUGAGCCAUCGAGACGCAGACUGACCCACUAGCUGCUUCGUUACCAUCAAACGAAGGGAGGUGGUGUCUCUCUUCUCCUGGAACAAUUUACGAAGACAUGAUGGAGGACAAAGGUAUAGUCGAGGAGUCUACCCUCGAGAGCGAGAUCGACGCACUCUCCAAGAUGAUCACCGACACUAAAGACGUUCCCUCCAGGUUGGUUGGAAGCGACCAAGAUUUCAAGCUGGACUCCUAUGAUUUUUCCGACACUGGACUUCAGGACGACGAGCUUGGUAUCAAGGAUAUUUUGGACAGCUCCGGGGAGAUGGACAGCUUCAUGUCUGCUACCGACAACAGCUUAAGAGACGCGCCAGGGGAAGUUUCAAAUGUAAAUGAAACCGAGCUGCAAACUGGUGAAAUGAACGAGACGAAGGUGCAGCAACUAGAAACAGACGCCAAGACAGUGGAGCUCGACGAUACUUUGAGUGAGAAUAGUCAGGGUGAGCCUGCAAUCAAUGAGGAAACAUUAAAUGCAAAUAAUAGUUUAUCACUGAUAAGUGAUGCUUACACGUCACAAGAAUCUCAAAGUUGCUUGGACCGUCCUUCUGCAACGGUAGUGGAAAAUAUUCAAUCAGAAUCCCAAAAAAAAAACAAAGAAGUCAAAGUUGCUGAGGUAUUGGAAAAUACCGAAAGUAUUAGUGUCAGUAUUGAAAAUCCAAGUGAAAGUGGAGUACAGUUGAAUAUUGAAGAUGAAUCUGUACAUGAGAUCCAACGAAAUGAUGCUGGCCGUUUAACACCUGUGAUAGGCACUGAAAAUUCUGAAAAUACAAAUCAACGUUCAAAAGACACUAAUAUAAGUAGUGUUUGUUCCGAAGCAUCAGUUCCUAAUUUGAAUCCUAAAAAAACAGAUGAAACAACCGAAAAAAAUUGUAAUUCUGAGGUAGAGAAGUUACACAAUCUUCAGUCCCAAAAAGAUCUUGAAGAUGAGGUUGAAUCUAAAGCGAUAGAUGAUGAUACAGCUAAGAAUUUAAAAUCAGAAUUAGAAUCUGAAACAAGUGUAGUUGAACAUACUAAGCUUUCAGAAAAUGUUAAUGCUAACCCAAUAGUUGACAGUAAAGAAAAAAAUUCUAUGACUCGUGUGACUGAGAAUGUAAGAACUAGUGAGGAUGCCAAAGAUCUCGAGGAAUGCGGAUCACCCAAAAAAAUUGAUUCCCAAGAUAAUCAAAGAGUUGAAAAUUCUCAGUCUUCAUUAGCAUGUACUCAUUCUGAGCCUCAUGAACGGAAUAUCGAUUCUGAUAAUACUGAAAUUCUUCAAGAAGAAGCUAAUUCACCAGAGCAGUUAUUUGGCAGUGAAAAAGAAACAGAGAAAGAACACAAUAUUAAAGAAAGUAAUAUAGAUACAAAGGAAUCUAGUCAAUUGUUGAAAGAGACAAAAGAUUCUGUUGUAGAAAGUGUAAAUAACGAUAAGAGUACUAACGAAAGUGUUACUGAGACCAAGGGUGAUCUAAUUACAGCUGUUGAGCAAUUUACUGAAUCUAGAGAAAAACCAAUGUCAGAAUCCACUAGUGUCUUUACAAUAGAUUCUGGGAAUUCAGGUGAUGUAAAUAUCGAGCCAUUUGCUGAAAGUAUUGUUGAAAAAGAACUGAUUGUUGAUACUCAAAAUUCUACAGCAAAAUGUAUCGAUAAAGAAAAUGCACAAGAAUCCAGUAAUAUUGAGCCUUUAAAAGUUUCAGAAUAUGUGAUAAACACUGUUGACGGUGUAAGUGAUGACAAUUUUCCAGACAGCAAAUCCCCUUCUGUUGCCACUGAUUUUGAAUUGGCAUUUGAUCAAGAAGAAGAAGAAGGAGAAGAAGCUGAAAAUGGAGAAAAUCUAAAAGAAUCGACAGAUGGUAUUCAAAAUAAUCAGUCUCAAAACAUUUGCGAAAAAAAAGAGAAUAGCGAAAAUGAAUUGGAGAGCAUUGAAAAUUUAGAAAUUCAUAGUGAAAAUAUUCCUGGUAGUGAAAGUUCACAAGUAAGUGAAUUAGUUUCUGAAAUACCGGAAGGUAUAGAUGAAACGUACGAAGAAACUAUUGAAUAUGACAGGAAUGAUACAGUUUCUGAAGGUAUAAAUAAAAGAAAACAAGAAAACGAAGUAUUACUAGAUGACACUGUCGAAAGUAAACUGGAACAAGCGAGAAAAAUAGAAACAUCUUCUUUAGAGGCUUACAGUUCUGAAACUGAAAUUAAUGCUCAAGAAAUCUUAGACACUGAAAAAAAUGAAGAUGAAUCAGAAACGGAUAUUAUGUAUGAAGAUUUCCAAACAGAUGAAAAUUUGGAUCAAAUGGAAGAUUUUAGUCAGUUGAUAGAGCCAGAAAUUAUUACUAACAUGAAUUAUCAGAGAAAUGCUGAAAAAGAAGGAGAUAGUGUCUCUGAUAGUGUAAUUGAUGAAAAAAGUAGUGAAAUCAGUUUUGAAAAAGAAUCAGAAAUAAGAGAUUCAACAUUAGAAAGUGAGGAAAAUUUUGAAGAAACAGAAGCACUUGAAAAUGAUGGAGGAGAAAACCAAGAAACAGUUGAAACUAUGAUUGAGACCUCUGAGUCUGAAACAGCUGUCAAAUUUCUACAAGAAUCCGAAGAAAACAUCGAAAACACCAAGAUGGAACAAAAAACGACUGGCGAGGGAAAUUCUAGUGAAUUUAUUUCAGUUGAUGAUAACACAUUAUGUGAUAAUGCUUCAGACUUGGCAUCUGAAAUAAAUUUAGAUCCAAUAGCCAUAUCUGAAGCUGAAAUCAUAUCUGAAGCUGCCAAAUUGGAAAGUGAAAAGAAAAAAAGAUUAGAACUGCAGCAGCAGCAGCUUAAAAAUACAGAAGUAGAAGAAUCGAUGCAAGCAAGUGACUUCGGUGUGUCUGAUAAUUUGAUUAAUGCUAAAGACCUUAAUCAACCAUCCAAUACCAAGGUAGAUACCGAAGCAAAGGAAAAUUUGCAGAUUCCCUUGAUGCCGGAAAUCAAGCUUACGUCGAAGCCCUUACCAAGAUCCUCGGUAUUGGAGGAUCGUUACAAGGAACCUCCAAGGAUCGAUAUCCCCGAGACCUCCUCGCAAAUCAUCGACUUGCCCAGUGACGCCCUGAAGACCAGCGUGCCCGUGGCGAAAGAGGCCUCCUACGAGCGCUUUGAGUCACCCGAGAAACAAAUUACGAACGAGGCCAAGAUUUCUGACACUCCUCGCAAGGAUCAUACAGAAAAACACCAGCAACCUUCACAUUCGCAGUCACAACAGCACCAGCAAUACUCUGAAUGUGAGAACGUCGGCUCGCCGCGUAUCAUUCUGAAGAUCGCCAAGUCGGCAAUAGCUGACUGCUCGGAGCCCCGCUCGCCAAAGAGCCCAAAGAUCCGAUCAGCUGCCAACUCGCCCAACCCCGAGGACAGCCCGAGCCACAAGCUUGGCAAAAUCAAGCUUAAAUUGUCCAAGGGUGGCCAUCCAUCGAUCAUAUCGAGUAGUGACAGUGGCUACGACGAGACGGUCCAGUGGCACACGGAGAGUAAUUCGAUGCUGUCGGCCCACGGCGGUAUGAAGCUUAAACUAGCCAAGACGUCCGAGGCUGAUAGAGAUGAGGAUGAAGCCAAGGAUAAGGAUAAACUGGGCGUGCACAAGCAAAAGCACAAGGAUGCCAAGGAGACUACUGCUCUGGAGGCUCUGAUUCCUAAAAAACAAGAUUCCCUUGGUAUGAAAAUUAAAUUGUCCAAGUCUGGAGAUGCCUCCAUCAUUCAAGAUAGUAAUAAAUCAUUGUCCGAGGAUCUGAAGGACGCAAAAGUGAAAGCUGUAGAGGAUAUUCAGGAGAUCACAAAGCGCACUGAAUCACCACUUGGCAUGAAAAUCAAACUAUCGAAAUCUGGGGAUGCUUCUAUUAUAUCGAGCGAAAGCGAUAGAGCAGAGCCGGAUGAAGCGGUCAAAACUAAAAUCCCAAAAGACGCCGAUGCAGCGUUGGUAUUGGAGGCCAGUGAGGAGACCCUGAAGCUCAAAAGUAUGAAGCUAAAACUAGGUAAGUCUGUCGAUGCCUCGGUUACGCAUGUGAAAAAAGACGACGAGGGGGCGAAGAAAGCCGCCGAACAACCUCUCGGUAUGAUGAAGAUCAAGUUGUCGAAAACAGGCGAACCUUCCAUCAUCCAGCCAGAGGGUGUGAAGCACGCUAAAAAUAAGGAUUAUAGCAUUGCGCUUCAGCAAAAACCCAAAGACGACUCGCACCUAGAAAUGAAAAUCAAACUUUCAAAAACUGGUCAUCCAACGAUCAUAGCGAACAAUGAGACUCUGGAUGAAACGUCAAAAAUUGCCUCCACGAUAGCUCAGUCUCUCAAACACAAAGAUCACAAGGAUCUCUUGAUGUUCAAAGAGUCGACCUUAAAAGAAUUGAAAAGAAGUCACUCGGAUGUUACAAUCGAGCCGGUAACUCGACCGUUGUUCGAUAAUACACUGGGUGACGUGCACAAUAAACGAAAAGAAAUCUCAAUCGCUCCCGUUGAGUCGAAAAAGGCGAAAAUGGAAGCAAAUCUGAAGCAAAUGUUUCCAGACAUCACGAUUCAACCAGUCAGUGCAGCAAAGAGAGAGCAACAGAAACUAUUGCUGGACCCAAAGACUGGAAACAUUAGUCGACAACAGAUGAAGGUUAUAAAUCAAGAAAUAAGCAUUACCCAGGUAUGUUCGUUAUCAUCAACCGAUCCUCGAGUAAACGAUCAAAUUAAGAAUUUGCAAGAAGCGGCAAUGACGUCAUCGAAAUCAAAUUCUGACUGCGAGAUCAUAGACCCUCAGCCUGAGCUCAUAAUCGUCAACGAGAAUUCGAAUUCCAGUCAGGACAUAAUGAUCAUUGACGAAGUGCCGUCAAUGAAGUCAGCGAUAAAGGUGCCGAAAAAGCGCGGUCGACCUCGGCGUAAUGCUGUCGGACCCAUCGGAACGAUUCCGGUCAUGACCUCCUCGUUCCAACAGUUCGAAUUUCCGAGAGAUCCGCUGAGCCUCGAUCAAUCGCCGUCUAUGAUGAUGCUGAAGCAGCAUUUGCCAAUGCAACUGCAGCAAAUGCACCAACAAAUUCACCAACCUCUACACAUGCAACCGCAAAUGGUACCUGGUGGUCACGCGGGAACCGAAGCUGGAAGGCCCAGGAGAACAUGUAGAAGUCAGAAGAGCUACGCACCACCCAAGAGAGGCAGAGGACGAGGUCGAGGCAAGCGGAAAAACGAGUCAAUGGACAUUCCGAUGAAAAAAGUGCGAAUCGAACAUGAUCUGACGGAAUUAGAGAGAUCAACAACAGCCUUGAUAGCCCUUGAAAAGCUUCCUAUCGAAGUCUCGAGCAAAUCACCAGAACUUUUCAAAGCAUUGAGUCAGCCGACUUUGUCACACGUAGACGUUACACCCAGAGAAGUUCAAAUAUUGAAGGUUCGUCCAACAGUGCAAUCCUUAUCCGAUUGCGAGGUCAUUGAAUUAUCUCCCAAGAAAGAAGCAUACCAACCAAAAACAUUGAACGAUACAAUCAUGGGAGCGUCGAUGCAAGUUAAAUAUGCAGAAUCUACGAGUAACAUGGAGACUACUAACGAGCGAAUGGCCGUGAUAACUCAGAUCAGCAAUGCUGCAGUCGCGGGCUCAUCGAAUAUCGUGAUUAAGGUGACCAGUGAGGUUGAUAAGCCGCCAGAGAUAAGUGGAAUCGUCAAAGAUCCGAUGGCAACUCAGGAACACCAACUCUGGCUUGCUCCGUCUAUUAAAAAGGUGUCGUCCGAUUCAUCGUCGUCAGCCGUGGGAGCUGUAGCCAUGAAAAGCGAGGCCAUUUCCACGUUGACCGUCAUGGACGAAGAGACAAGGAUGAGCGCGGAGUCCUGCUCCAGAUCACAGACGCCGGCGCGCGGCGUACCGAUACCAGGUGGGCCGGAGGUUUUGGCGGCGAACGAGGAGUCGCAAGGCAGCGUACUGAGCACCGCGACGACCGAGUCCGAGAAGGUGAAGGUGAAGAUUCGACGCAUGGAGAUAAACUUCGAUCCGGACGAGGGGCCGUUCACGGUUGAGAAGAUCGCGGAGUACGAGUGGCCGCUCGAACGUAAGGAAGACCGGUCGCUCGUUAGGGGUGAGACCUUCAUGAUUCAGGAGCAGAUAUCCCAAUACCUUGGAGUCAAGAGCUUCAAGAGGAAGUAUCCGGAUCUUAAAAGGCGCAUGGUUGACAUGGAGGAGAGAAAUUUUCUUCGGGAGAACGGUCUUGUUAGCGAAUCCAUGUGCGAUAUGGGUCUGACGGCAGUGUCGAGCUCGGAGGUGCUGGACAUAAUGUGCAGCGAUUUUCCAGAACAGUACGAGGAGUACCGCAAGCACAUGCGCGAAAAAGCAGCCAAGGAGCACUCGAAGAAGCAAAAGGAGCUGUCCGCGGCGGCUAAUGCCGAGCGCAGCAGGAUCGACCUCGCGGAGAUGGCCAUGCAGUCGGCCCUCACCUGGAACGCUGGUCUGAACAAAGCGCGCCGUGACGACCGCAAGUGCAGCCUCGAUCUGCAGACCUAUACCGUGCACGUGCCCCUCAAGCGUAGCAGCCAACGUAAACUAGAUCCCAACCGGCGCAAUAGCAACAAUUAUCCCGUAGCCCUCAUGCCUGGACAGUACGCCGAAUUCUACAGGGAUUACACGCCUGCUGAGCUCAGGUACUAUCCACUCAACACCGUACUCUAUGGCCCGAUGCGGCCGAACGAAAGGAAAUUCGACAGCCAAUCUGAAGGCUCUCAAAGCGACAGUGAUAGCGACUCAUCUUCUGACGAUUCCAGUUCGUCGUCAAGCGAAGGCACACAAGAUACCGAAGGCUCGCAGUCAGCGAUGGACGAGGUUGACAUGGAACUGGCCAUCCAGUCGGAUGUCAAGUGCAAAAUAUGCUCAAAUAGUUUGAACAAAAACAAUCGGCCCGAGGUGCUUAUACAGUGCGGUACUUGCAGCGGGAAUGUUCAUCCAUCAUGUAUGGAUUUAACUCUCGAUAUGGUACCGCACAUUCGAGCCUACGCUUGGCAAUGCACAGACUGUAAAACUUGCGCUCAAUGUCAUGAUCCCGCAGACGAAGACAAGAUGCUCUUUUGUGAUAUGUGUGAUCGAGGGUAUCACAUAUAUUGCGUGGGCUUGAGGAGAGUACCACAGGGUCGCUGGCACUGUCAAGAGUGUGCAGUAUGCGCAAAUUGUGGAUCGAAAGAGCCCGGCGGUGCCAAUUCAGAUAGGAAUAGCGUUGCUCAGUGGCAACACGAAUUCAAAAAGGCUGAUAAGAAUACAAGGGUGUAUGUUUCAACUUUCUGCGUGCCCUGUUCAAAGCUGUGGCGAAAAGGUCGCUAUUGUCCGCACUGCAGUCGCUGUCAUAACGCCCCACGUCUCGACCUGGAACCGAAUCUUGUGCAUUGCGGAGCAUGUGACAAAUACUUACACUUGGAUUGCGUGGAAACCAAAGGAAUGAACAUGUCAAUUGACAAGAAAAACUAUCUAUGUGAAUUCUGCUGUCCAAAUCGACAACCAAUAAUGAAACCUCUAACAUCAAAGAUAUUCAAAACGUAG